UCAUUCGGCCGGAAUCCACUGAGAGACACGACGGUCGUCAGUCGCGCCAGCAUCAUUUAGAUCGCCCCGGUCGUAGCGGAAGUCGAAAGGGAUGCCCAAAUCCUUUGUGAUGUCGUCGGUCCUCAGCAGCAGACGGCCAUAGCGAUGAUUGUCACGCCCGAUGAUUGCCCACAGCACACUCCGCACGCCCACUCCCUCUCCAUAGCGCCACCAGCGGGGCACCCUGUUCAGCAGGAGUACCGAGAAGGAGCGAUAGAGUACGGGGCCGCAUCGGAUGACUGGAUCGGUCCGCUUGUAGCCCUCGGCAUAGGGAUGGCCGCCCGGCAGCUCACCCAACGGCACCACCCGAAAGAGCGCCUCAUUGCGGAUCCGAUAGUGUCCGUUGUCGCCUUGCUGCAGCGCCAGUGUGGUCCCUUUGUAUGUGAGCUGCUGGCCGAUGAUCUUGUAGAUGCCCAUGGCGAGGGGCAGCUGGUGGAAGGCCGUUGCUGUGGGCAGCGAAGCAGCCGACAGAUGGAGGGGCCGCGUCGUGUUGGGGGUCAGCCGGUAGAUGAAGGCCAGCCGAAGAAACCGCCCCAUCGCCCGCCACUCCUCGCCACUGCCCCGCUCCAGCACAUAGACCACCUUCAAGCCGGCCUCCACAUCACCGCCAAUGUCGAAGGCCAAGACGUCCGCCAGCGCCAGACGACUGAUGUGCUCAUCCACGCGGCGCCUCACCUCAUAGAGCAUCGUGUCGACAUCAUCGAGAUGGCUGCCGCUGAUCUGUGAGCGGAGAGCGGCACGUCUGUUGGGGUCAGGUGACAU